CCUGUAUAAAUCUAUAUUUCCAUCCCGAAAUCUUGACGAAGUAGACACCUUCAACUUCCUAAUUUCCCACUCAACUACUAAAAUGGCCCUCUACCUCGCCCUCGCCAGAGAAGAGGACAUACCGCUGAUAGUCCCCAUUCAAUUCGCCGCCUUUCACCCCACAGAUACCCUCCACCGCCUUAUCUACCCCGCUCCCCACCCCGUCUCCCCCUCCGUCAUCUCCUCCACCAUCGCCCGCCAUCUUAAGGCCUGGAGAACAGACCCUCACGUCACGUGGCUCGUUAUAAAAGACCCCUCCAUUAGAAUCCUCGAUCCCUCCUCUGGCCAGGAAACAGACCGUAUCGUAGCAGCGGCGAAAUGGAUCAUCUGGCCACCUGGUGAGCGAGAAGAAGGUAUUCGUUGGCCAGAAGUGAAGGUAGAUUGGAUUUUUCCAUCAGCUCCUGAUGGGGAGAAGAAUUUUGGACCGAACGGAGCGCCGGAUGACGAAGAAUAUGUUUCUUGGGUGGUGGAGCAGGUUUAUGGGAGGAGGGGGGAGAGGGUCGCUGGACCGGCGGUGCUGUUAGAUUCUUGUUUUGUGGAUCCGGAGUAUCAUAAAAGAGGGGCGGGAGGGAUGCUGGUUAAGUGGGGAGUGGAUAAGGCGGAUGAGUUGGGUGUUAGGGGUUUUGUGGAGGCGAGUGCGAAGGGGAGGAGACUUUAUGAGAGUCAGGGGUUUAGGGAAAUUGAAGAUGUGAAGUUGAGGGGUGGGGAGGUGAGGGCGAGUUGGGAGACGUAUGGUGAGGUUGAGUAUUGGUUUAUGGAGAGGUAGGUGACGAAGUGGAAGGGAAGCUAAGGAUGGCUGGGAUGUGAGAGGAAGGUAAAUUGAGCUGUGGAAGAAGGUAGAGGUCACAAUAGCUUUGGCGAGCCGAUAGUGAUAGAAC